GUAGGGCUGAAAAGUGCUUGCCUGGGCGAUUGAACAGAUAGAAAUGGCAUUUUUAGACUUGCGCACGCGUGCCUAGGCGGGACUUGUAUGCAUUAGCAACAAAAGCGAUUAUGAAGGUGCGUUGGCUUCAAAGAGAAAGAGAAUUAUCGAGACGUAGGCUUGAACUCGUUUAUAUGAGUUCGAUUAAUAGAACCAAGCACUAGACAUAUUUUCGGAGUCUCCAAUUGAAGCGCUUGGGUUGCUUGAAAAAGUGCCAUUUCCCUGCAUGGAACGGUUCGUUUGACUAUUAGUAUACGUUUAGAGAUUGCUACUAACCUCAGGAGCAGGCCCCACGGUAAGACUUCUGUGUACAAUUGUAGGCGUGAAUGGAAAGCUCAUCGAAAUCAAAGAGGUGUUUCCACUGAGUCAAGGAACAUUUGGUUAGUUCGUAAACAGAAAGGCAGUGUAAUUCAUGCGCAGCUAGAGGAACGGUGAACAGUGCUUGAUCUUUAGUCCACCAUUCCAUAUGUUGAAGUGGAUUGGAAUCAACUGAGCAUCAUCAGUUGCUCGUCGAGAUUUGAGAGUGUCAAUACUCUUGGAUAUGGUUAAUAGGUACAGCAGGUUAAUGAGUACCUGUCCGACCCAGAUGGGCUUAUCACCAGCCACUAUUUCACUUUGGGUAAUUCAAACGAGUCCUUGGAAAUCUCAUGUACUUUUUUUUUGUAUUUUGUUGGUGAUACUCCCCGAGAGUAAGCUGAAGGGCUCGGGGUUUGUCCGAAUGGAGAGUCGAUCAUAAAAGGCUUGGCUCGAGGGAUUUCUC